AUGCUGAUGAAUGCAACGUUGAACGUUACGCGGCGAGUUAUCUUCCAGAAUCGCAGGAUGGCCUCUUUCCUCAUCAAUGACGGCAAGUACGCUUUUCUGAAGGAGCUCGGACUUUCGGAAAAUAACUGUGGCGUGUUCCAUGGCAAGUGGUCUGCCUCUGGUUCUGUCGUGCAGUCCGUUUGUCCUGCUAACAACCAGCCUAUAGCUAACGUUCAAAACGGUACUGUGGCCGACUAUGAAGUAGCUGUUCAAGAAGCACGCAAGGCUUAUGAGCACUGGUGUGAGGUACCGGCACCACGGCGUGGCGAAGUUGUACGACAAAUCGGGGACAAACUUCGUUCUCAACUUCAGAACUUGGGUAAACUGGUUUCCAUGGAAAUGGGAAAAAUCUCGGCUGAAGGUGUGGGAGAAGUACAAGAGUAUGUUGAUAUCUGUGAUUAUGCUACUGGUUUAUCUCGAUCACUCAAUGGAACAAUUCUACCAUCUGAAAGACCAGGGCAUGCACUUCUUGAGCAGUGGAACCCUCUCGGUGUUGUUGGUGUGAUUUCCGCUUUCAACUUCCCAUGUGCCGUGUAUGGCUGGAAUAAUGCAUUAGCUCUUGUCACUGGAAAUUCUGUAAUCUGGAAACCAGCUCCUUCAACUCCACUGACCGCUAUUGCUGUCACAAAGCUUGUCGAAGGGGUUCUGCGGGCAAACGACCUUCCUGGUGGAUUGUGCUCUCUUGUUUGUGGAGAGGGAGACGUUGGUCAGGCUUUGGUCAAAGAUAAGCGUGUCAACCUCGUUUCCUUCACUGGAUCAACAGAAGUUGGUCGCAUCGUCGGUCAACAAGUGCAACAGCGCUUUGGAAAGCUCCUGCUUGAACUUGGAGGAAACAAUGCAAUCAUCGUAAACGACGAUGCUGACAUUAACAUGGUCGUACCAGCCACGGUAUUUGCUGCUGUUGGUACUGCUGGACAGAGGUGUACAACUACACGUCGCCUGUUUGUGCACGAGGCAGUAUAUGACACUGUUCUUGAUCGAGUAAAGCGGGCGUAUGCUCAGUUCGAGUCAAGAAUCGGCGAUCCGCUUGAGCCAAACACCAUUAUUGGCCCACUUCAUAAUGAAGUUGCUGUGAUGAAGUACAAGGCAACUGUAGCUGAAGCUAUCGCCACUGGCGGUAAAGUGGAAUAUGGAGGCAAAGUUUUAGAAAGAGAAGGAAACUUUGUUCUCCCUACAAUCAUCACCGGACUUCCUCAUGAUUCCCCCGUGAUCCUGCGUGAAACAUUUGCACCAAUUAUGUACGUGAUUAAAGUGAAGAAUUUGGAUGAGGCCAUUAAGUACAACAACGAGGCAUCUCAGGGUUUGAGCUCAUCUCUUUUCACAAACAACAUUCAAAACGUCUUCAAAUGGAUGGGGCCAAAAGGAAGCGAUUGUGGUAUAGUGAAUGUGAACAUUCCUACAUCUGGUGCGGAGAUUGGAGGAGCGUUCGGCGGCGAAAAGGAGACAGGGGGUGGUCGCGAAUCAGGAUCAGACUCUUGGAAACAAUACAUGAGAAGAUCAACUUGUACCAUCAACUUCAGCAAAGAUCUCCCUCUUGCUCAGGGAAUCAAAUUCGAAUAG